AUGAUGUUUGAGCAAAGUCUUCCGCACCUUGCCGGUAAAUGCUGCUGCGCUGGGGGGGCAAAGCCGGAAUUACCCUCGUUCUCACCUUUCCUGCCAUCACUGCCAGACUAUUCAUGGCUGUUACCACAAUCUUCGUGUUGUGGUAAUAUUUUCCCUAGUGAUAAGAAAAAGGAAUGCGGUGGAUGCGGUGGAUGUGGUGGAUGCGGCUGUAGAUGCGGAUGCGGCCAAAUUGCUCCUCCUCCUCCUCCUCCUCCACAACCAUCAUAUAAGGUACCUCCAGCACCAGCAUAUAUAGCAUCACCUCCACCACCACCUCCAUACAAGUUACCUUCUCUUGGUGGUGGACUAUUCGGAUUGAGGUGA